ACAAAACAUAAUCACAUGCGUUUACGUUGACGGCCCUAGUUUUAAUAUAUUGUCGACGAAACGAUGUCAAUAGGCUUAUGUGUGUUACCCUACUAUUGCAUGAACAUUACUUAAAGAAUUAAAUUUAAACUUUUAUCUCGGGAAAAUAUCCUUACCGCUGUAUCUAUACGACCCGCCAUCUUGCUAACAAUGUGAUUUUUUAUAUCUCGCGAUGUUCAGUGUGAUUUGAACAAUUACAGGUAACGUCACAUCUCGCGCACUCAGCAGAGUCACUCAACUCAAUAGAACCCGAGUCGACCAAUCAGCAGCUCUUGACUCUUGACUCUUGACUCCUAGUUGAAGUUUCUUCUCAGUGCUGUUUUAACCGAAAGCGACAACGGAUCAAACAAAACUUGCUAUUAAGUGUUUUCAGACAAGUCCACACAGACAGAGGAUCGUUAAACAGCUUCAAAUGGCGUCUUCAUCUAAUCGAGUUUCACCAAACGACAUGGAAAGAAAUACAGGAACCUUUUCAUCGCUUUAUGAAAAGGGCAAGUUUAUAGGAGCGGGAAUCUGUGCAAAUGUCUUUGAGGGAAUUCGCAGAUCUGACGGCCAAGUGGUCGCCUCCAAACAUUUUUCCUGUGAUUCUGUCAGUAAAUAUAUGAAGAUUCCUGGGCAUGACAAGCUUCUAUUGACCGAAGUGGCUAUAAAUUUCCUUCUUCACAAACCAGUAAAAUGCCCCAACAUUGUUCAGAUAUUGGACUGGUUUGUAGAAGAUGGUAAACACAUCGUCAUUAUGGAGUAUCCAUAUCCCUGCAAGACCUUGAAUGAAUUCCUGAGAAGUCAUCAAGGACGUCUGAAGGAAACAGAGGCCCGUCAUAUCAUGCGUCAAGCAGUGAGCACAGCCAAACACUGCAUCGACCACAAUAUAGCUCAUGGAGACCUACACAGAGGAAACGUCUUAAUCACCAUGGAUAAAUUGGAGCUAAAAUUGAUCGAUUUUGGAUUCAGCCAUCUAAUCCCAGACACUGCAAGUGAAGUGCGAACUAAAGCGGUUGCGGACAUGGUCAAAUUUUUAAGUAAUCUGCUCUUCCUGUUGACGACUGGAGAUGAGCGGCACAGUUUCCAUGGUCCGGAUCUACUAGACAACCCGAGGCUCAAGGCCUUUGGUUUAUCUAAAGAAUGCCUUGAUCUGAUGAACCGGUGCAGGCACCUUGAAGCAGCCGACUGGCCUACAUUAGAGGACCUCCUAGACCACAAGUGGUUUAAGCCGCAUUAAUGGACAAGAAUAUCUUGUUUUUGUCCACAAAAAAAUAUUUUUUUAGUAUUUUAUCAUUAAUAGUGUCAAAUUCUUAAAUGCUUUAGUUUUUUACAUUGAUAAAAACAAUAGGGCAUAAUCUACAACUAUAUGUUAAAGGGAUACUUCACUUUUGUUUGUUCUGAUGAACACAGACAAAGAUAUUUGGAAGAAUGCGUAUAACCAGAAAGAUUUUUGACAGAUUUUGGGUGCAAAAUCUCUCUGGUUUUAAAUAUUCAAAUAUCUUUCUCUAUAUUUUAUCAGAACAAAGAAAUGUAUACAGAUUUAGAACUUGAAUGCGAGCAAAUGAUGACAGAAUUGAAGGGUGAAGUAUCCCUUUAAUAUAAACCAGUACCUUACCAAUAUAUUUUUUCUUUCGUUCUUUUAAACAGUGUACAAAUAUUUAAGUAUUUUCCUUCAACUUAAUAAAUAUUAUUAAUACAUUUAUUUUA